AGUUUGAUUGUACAAUUCGUAUCAAAAUUCAAGGAGAAAACUUGAACAAAUAAGUUCCUACGUGUACAUCUUUGGCAAUAACUCAGAUAUCUGCAGAUAUAUGAUGAUGGUGAAUUCAAUAUGGUCUUUGGGUUAGAAGAAAAGAUUACUCCUCUCCUCUCUUUCCAUGUCAGCUCAGGUGCCGUGCAGUGCAUCAGAUGACUAAUUAUUCUCCCUUGCUCUCUUCCUCUUGCACACCUAAACACAAACCCCUCACAAGUCACACCUAUAUAAACCUCACAAGCAUCUACCUAGCUUGCUACUACAAAAUCUAUUAAACUUUUACAGAAGAAUUCAAGAUCAUUAGGUCACUAGACACUUCAGCUUGAAGAAAGCGAAGAAAUGGAGGCCGUGUCAUGGCUUCUGGGCUUCCUCGGCAGGUACCCGGAGUUCAUGGUGUCCCUUGCUUGCUUGCUCGUGCUCUCCUACCGGCUGAAGAGGCGGCACGGGCUGCCGACGAACUGGCCUGUGAUCGGCGCGCUCCCGGCGAUCAGUGUCAACGCCGGGCGCGUGCACGAGUGGAUCACGGAGUUCCUAAGCGCGGCCGGGCUGUCGUACGUCAUCAAGGGGCCGUGGGGAUCGCCAGUGGACGCCAUCGUCACGGCCGACCCAGCGAACGUGGCGCACGUGUUCACGACCAACUUCGGCAACUACCCCAAGGGCGAGGAGUUCGCCGCGCUGUUCGACGUGCUCGGCGAAGGCAUCUUCAACGCCGACGGCGAGUCGUGGGCGUUCCAGCGGAGAAAGACGCAUGCGCUGCUGUCGGACGCGAGGUUUCGCGCCUCUGUCGCCGCGAGCACCGCGUGCAAGCUCCGUGAGGGGCUCGUGCCGCUCCUCGACAGCCUCGCCGCGUCGGGCGCGGUCGUCGACCUGCAGGACGUGUUCGUGCGCCUCACCUUUGACCUGACGGCGAUGUUCGUGUUCGGCCUCGACCCAGGCUGCCUCGCCGCGGACUUCCCGUCCAUCCCGUUCGCUACGGCCAUGGACGCCGUCGAGGAGGUCCUAUUCUACCGCCACAUAUCGCCCGUGCCAUGGCUGAGGCUCCAGUCGUUCCUAAAGAUAGGGCACAGCAAGAAGAUGUCCAAGGCUCGGCAGGUGCUCGACGCGUCCAUCGCCGAGUUCAUAUCGCUCCGACGGGAGCGCUCGGCCGACACCACCGGCGACGCCGACGCCGACCUUCUCACGUCGUACCUGGCGUGCCAGGACGAGGUAGGCAAGGAGGGCGCCGAGUUCGACCGGUUCUUGCGCGACACAACGCUUAACAUCAUGGUCGCCGGCCGCGACACGACGAGCUCAGCCUUGACAUGGUUCUUCUGGCUGCUCACCAAGCAACCCGACGUCGAGGCCAGGAUCCUCGCCGAGCUUCGCGACCACCCGCCGUCGUCCGGCGCUGGCCACCACACCGCCGCCGAGCUGAAGCGCCUGGUCUACUUGCACGCGGCGCUGUCGGAGUCACUCCGGCUGUACCCGCCGGUGCCGUUCGAGCACAAGGCCGCGGCGCGGCCGGACACGCUGCCGAGCGGCGCGCGCGUGGGCCCGUCGCGGCGGGUGAUUGUGUCUUUCUACUCCAUGGGCCGCAUGGAGGCGGUGUGGGGCAAGGACUGCCUGGAGUUCCGGCCGGAGCGGUGGCUGACGCCUGCGGGGCGGCUCCGGCACGAGCCAUCGUACAAGUUCGUGGCGUUCAACGUGGGGCCCCGGACGUGCCUUGGAAAGCACCUGGCGUUCGCGCAGAUGAAGGCUGUCGUCGCAGCCGUCCUGCCGCGGUUCCGGGUGGAGGUGGACGCCGGCGCCGUGGUGCGGCCCAAGCUGUCCAUCAUACUCCACAUGAAGGACGGGCUCAAGGUGAGGGUGCACAAGAGAGGAGAGGCUUAGCUAAAGUUAGCUACUCACGGCUGGCUAGGGCUACGUCUUACUUUUUUCUAAUGCAUAGCAUACAUGCACGUCACUAAUUUCUCGUUCCUCGUAUGGAGUAGGAGUACUACAGUACAAUCUCCUGUGUUAAGUCAGAUCGGUGCAGUGUAACUAUGAAGGGGAAAAAAGAAAGAAAACCCAAUGUAUAUAUAAGUGUAGUAGUAAAUAAAUGGUGUGUGUGUUUGUGUGCAGAUGUAGUUACUUGCUGGAACAAUUGCGUAUUUACUCUAUUUAUUAUUGUUGGUGAUUUCAGUAACA